GAUCACCAUAGCUUAUAGUUGCUGGGAAUUCGCUGACAGAGCAGCACUACUAGUUGUUUUCGCGGGCAGAUGUUCGCGCAACAGCAGGUGCCGCUUGCCACAAAACUGGACUGAAGUGUCGGUGAUAAGUAUAUUGAAUUGAAUGCUUAAGAACAUUUUUAUGACACGGACUGCUUUUUCUUGUUUACGUUGAGAUUUGUGAAAUGCGCUCGGUAAUCAACUGCUACAGAUAGACUCCCUCUGACGGCUCCACAACCCCCUCAACAAUGGCUCUGUUUCCCUCCGGAGGAACUGUGUUUGUUCUACUCCUCAUUAGCAGGAUGUUAGAGAACUCUCUGCUCAGCGCUGAGGUUAAAGAGGGAGAGAUUCUGCCUCCUACCAUUCAGAAGCUGAUGAAAGGAUACAAUAAGUACCUCAGGCCCUUCUUUGACAAUGGCCCUGUAACAGUGGGUAUGAGUUUGGACAUUGCCAGCAUUGACACCAUAUCCGAGAUCAACAUGGACUACACAGCCACCAUCUUCCUGCGCCAGCGCUGGACGGAUGAGCGUCUGGUGUUCGAGGGCAACAAGAGCCUGAGUCUGGACGGCCGUCUGGUUGAGCUGCUGUGGGUGCCCGACACCUUCAUCGUGGACUCCAAGAAGUCCUUCCUCCACGACAUCACGGUGGAGAACAGACUGAUCCGCAUCUUCCCCAACGGAACUGUCCUGUACGCCUUGAGGAUUACCACCACAGUGGCCUGCAAUAUGGAUCUGACCAAAUACCCCAUGGACAAGCAGACUUGCACACUGCAGUUGGAAAGCUGGGGCUACAACGUCAACGAUGUGAUGUUUCACUGGACCAGAGGGAACGAGUCUGUGAGUGGUCUGGACACUCUGCGCCUGGCCCAGUACACCGUCGAAGACCACUACACCUCUGCUUCAGAGGCUGUCUAUGAAACUGGAAACUACCCCAAACUGAUCUUCCACUUUGAGCUGAAGAGGAGCAUCCUGUACUUUAUCCUGGAGACCUACGUCCCUUCCAGCCUGCUGGUGGUCCUCUCCUGGGUCUCCUUCUGGAUCAGCCAGUCGUCUGUUCCUGCCCGGAUCUGUAUAGGGGUGACCACAGUCCUGACCAUGACCACGCUGAUGAUGGGCGCCAGGACGUCCCUGCCCAACGCCAACUGCUUCAUCAAGGCCAUCGACGUGUACCUGGGCAUCUGCUUCAGCUUCAUCUUCGGGGCGUUGAUCGAGUACGCCGUGGCACAUUUCUGUACCAUGCACCACCCAGACUCCCACCUCAUCAUGUACGGCCAUCCGAUGCGUGACUUUGACGAGGAGAUGAACGGCAUCGUCACCACCAUCGCCAACAACGCCAACCGGGCCAAGAGGCGCAAGGAGACCCCUGUCGCGCCCACCGUGGCCGUGCCCUCCGAGGCGGGGGGGGCUCCCUCCAGCCCCACCGGCAGCGAGCCCAAGCCCGAGCCCCCCACCGAGGACCCCCCCAACCGCUGCCUGAGCGCCCUGGCCCUCAUCCGCAAGGUCCUGCGCUCCAUAAACUGCUGCCACGUGGAAAACCCCCACUACAUAGACAACUACUCCCGAGUCACCUUCCCCCUCUCAUUUGUCAUGGUCAACCUGCUCUACUGGACGUACUACCUGUACUUCUAAAAUGGAACACGUGGCCGUGUGUUUGUGUUUGUGUGUGUGUGUUUGUGUGUGUGUGGGCGGGCGGGUGUUUUGUGUGCGCGUGGGAAUGUUUCUGAGAGAGGUGAGGUGUGUACAGUAUUGAUGUACUAUGUGUGUAUGGUUUGUUCAUACAUGUCUAUUUUAUCAAUUGAGUGUGAGCAUUUUGUACAUUCGUGUUUGUGAGAGACGCACACUCUAUGUAGCGUAGACCGUUGUAGUGGGUCACUACAGUUUGGGGGCUUUCAAAAGAAGAUCAUAUGUCUACUCCACACACUGUACAGUAGUUUCUUUCCAUAGCUCGGGGGUGGACUUGUUGAACAGAAGAUUGAUUGGCCAAGCCUGGUGAUAAGCAGCAGUGGGUCUAGAUGUGCUGUGUAAUGUUGUGUUCCUGGGCAACAGUAUGUCUGGUGAGGGAGAGAACCCAGGGUAUCUGUGACGCCAGGUUACCCCAGGGCUAUCGUUUGUCUCCUCUCGCUGCAAAUCACCAUCUCUCUCACUUCCCUCUAUCUGUGGCCUCUCCUCUCUCUCUCUCUCUCUCUCUCUCUCUCUCUCUCUCUCUCUCUCUCUCUCUCUCUCUCUCUCUCUCUCUCUCUCUCUCGCUCUCUCGCUCUCUCUCUCUCUCUCUCUCUCUCUCUCUCUCUCUCUCGCUCUCUCAUGCUCUUAUCCUCUCUUCCUCUUUAUCCCUCUCUGUCCUGUAACAUUCUCUAUGGUUUUUAUUGCCAGUAUAAAUCCAGUGGCCUUGGCUCCCUCCAACACGUUAUGGAAAUCGACUCCCAAUGAAGGCCACCAUAAACACUUUAAUAUCAUUUGUCAACCCACAGUACGCGCCACUAUGUUUUACAAGGGAGAACACUUCCAGUGCCAGCAGCACCUUAACCGGACAGACAUAAUGCAAUUGGUGUGAAUAUACAGCGCUAAACAGACAGAUAGGCAGCCUAUAUGGUGAUAUAUGCAGUAUUCCUCAAGGGCGCUGGUAGUAUUUUCCACUGUGCUUUUGUAUAACAUGCUGUGUUGAUAGUAAAUACUUGUACCUGAUGUUUUAGGAGACUGAUGUUUUGAAUAUGGAUGAGAACCUGACAGGAUUUCAACAGGAUGUCAUCCUCAGUGCUUAUAGGGCUUGAGCUAACAUGACAUGCCUCUUCCUGCAAGUUAUCCUUCGUGUGAGCUUAGCAAG